UCACAUCUCGACCUUUAUUAUACAGUGAACACACACCAAUGAGCUGAGCUGCGGAAGGGAGGGGUUAGUGCACCUGGAGCACUGAGGUCUGCCCUCCUCCCUUUUUUUCCACUGACAUGAAGAAUUUAGAACCAGGAAGUGCUACCUCCCUCCUCCUCUUUGCUUUCACAUCCAGCUUCUGCUUUUUGUUUAUUUUCAAUGUCUUUUGUGACUCUCUGCCAAUCCCGGUCACACUGGCUUCACUCACAACUUGGUAUUUGAAGAGACCCUUUAUCACUGUUACUCUUUGAUCUGGCUCCUUGCAAACAGUAGCCAGCAGAUCUUGACCACUGGGAGGAUAUCUAAGAAAACAAGCUUCCCACGACUGCUUUCCUCCUGACCUGUCUGGGGCUGAUUAUUUGGAAUCCUCCAAUGUGUUUCAAACCUGGAUCCUAGGCAUGUCCGAGUAGAGCUCGCUAUAACAAUGGGGUUGGGCAAUCAGUUGACAGUCCGAGCCUAAUAACAAGCUGCAACUCCACCAGUGGCAAUGAAUCCACAUCCACGACGUAUCCGCCUAAAACCAUGGCUGGUAGCAAAGGUGGACAGCGGCCUGUAUCCAGGACUACACUGGGAAGAUCGAGAUAGAAAGCUUUUUCGCAUCCCCUGGCGUCAUGCAACCCGCCACAUACCAAUACAAGAUGAUGAGAACACUAUAUUCAAGGCUUGGGCUAAGGAGACUGGAAAAUUUCAGGAGGGAGUGGAUGAACCUGACCCAGCCAAGUGGAAAGCAAACCUUCGUUGUGCCCUGAACAAGAGUAGAGAAUUUAAACUGCUGUAUGAUGGUACUAAGGAAACCCCCAUGCAGCCCUUUAAGAUUUAUCAGCUAUGCGACCUUCCAGGACAGGUUGAAGAGCCACCUGUGGAUGAAAAUGGUUGUGAGGAAGAGGAUGAGAUUGAUCACAUGUUCCCAUUGCUUGACAUCAGUGAUGAGUCUAAGAAUAUUCCUGUUUCAGUGCCUGCAAUUCAUUGGAGACAAAAUCACUUGCAGCAUCAUCCUGUUGUUGAUCCAUAUAUCUGGCCCAAAUCAGAACCUGGAUUCAUCCGCUCUUGUGGAAGCAAUGCAUUUCAUGGACGUCAGGAGCUCAUACAACACAACCAGACCCCCCCAGCUCCUGCUGUGACGCCAUCAGUGCCAGGGACAUACGCAGGAGUGGAGCUUUCCCCCCAGCCUCCAUUGGCUCCACAGACAGGAGUAAUCCCUAUGCCAGAUUUGGUUCCUCCACCAUCAAAUGCAGUGCUACCCAUACAAGGGGUGAUUACUGCACCAAUUGAUCAAGGGAUUCCAGAAAUGCUUGUCAGCCCCCAGAUGCUUCCAUUGACUGACUUGGAAAUAAAGUUUUUAUAUAGAGGAAAGCAAGCUGGGUCUUUGGUGGUCAGUAACCCUCACGGAUGCCGUCUGUUCUACAGUUACAUAGAACCUACCCCAGAGCAAGUAGAGCUUUUUGGUCCAACUACUCUUGAACAAGUUCGCUUUCCAGGAACCGAAGGAAUUGGUAAUGAGAAACAGAAGUUCUACACCAACCAUUUGCUUGAUGUUAUGGAUCGUGGGCUUAUCUUGUCACUACAAGGGCAGGAUAUAUAUGCCAUCCGUUUGUGCCAAUGCAAGGUCUUCUGGUCUGGACCCUGUGCGAACAACAUUCAUGGCCCAAACCCAAUUGAGAGAGAAAAAAGAGUCAAACUAUUCAGUCUGGAGACUUUUCUGAACGAACUCAUUGCCUGUCAAAAAGGACAAACCAACUCCCUGCCUCCUUAUGAAAUAUUCUUCUGUUUUGGGGAGGAAUGGCCAGACCAAAAACCCAAGGAGAAGAAACUUAUUACUGUGCAGGUAAUCCCUGUGGCAGCUCGUCUACUGUCUGAAAUCUUCACAGGAGAGUCUUCGUGGUCAGCUGAUAGUAUUAAACUCCAGAUUUCCCAUCCAGAUCUGAAAGAUAAAAUGGUGGAACAAUUUAAGGAGCUCCACCAGUUGUGGCAGAUCCAGCAAGCCCAAGCCAUGGCCACAGAUGUCGGAACAUCCAAUUCAGGGGGAGAUGUAGGCCCUUGGCCUAUGCAUACCGGUAGUAUGCAAUAGCAAGACCCAUUUCCCAGCAUACACUCUGAUUAGGUGAAACCUGCGGUCUUCAAAGUAUCUUGGGAAAAGUCCUGAUUUUAUCGAAAUAACUUCGGAGAAAUCUGUUACCAAACAUACUACUAAUUUGAGGAUGUUUCCCAUAAACAAUAUUCCUAUUCUCAGGACUGCUAAAAGUUUAUACUUUGUACUUUCCACAGUCAUUUUGGAAUCUAUAAUUGUAUAGUUUUAGUUUUAUUGACUUUCUGAUUUGUGUUUUUUUUUUUUAUUC